CGGGAAGCUGCGACGGUAGCUGGGCGACGGGGAUAGUAGUGGGGGGCGGGAGGAACCCGGGCUGAGGCGCGUUCACGCUGGUGGCCUGAGUGAGUCAAACCAUGAUUCUGGUUUCGGUGGCCUCACUCGCCCGGCCCUUCUUCCUGCACUUUCCCUAAGUAGCCAUCCCUGUGGAACCUUUCCCAGCAUCUCGAGGUGCCUGUCCAAAUGUUUUGUCAAUGAGUACUUGUGGGAAAAAAUGGCUGAUAUUAACGUCAAAGAAGUAACCUUAAUAGUGGUGGUUGUGACGGCCUGCUACUGGAACAGCCUCUUUUGUGGUUUUGUUUUUGAUGAUGUUUCAGCAAUACUGGAUAAUAAAGACUUACAUCCAUCUACACCUUUAAAAACUUUAUUCCAGAAUGACUUCUGGGGAACUCCUAUGUCUGAGGAAAGAAGCCACAAGUCUUACCGUCCCUUAACAGUAUUGACAUUUCGUUUGAAUUAUUUAUUUAGUGAACUGAAACCAAUGUCAUAUCAUCUCCUCAAUCUAAUUUUUCAUGCUGUGGUUAGUGUGCUGUUUCUUAAAGUCUGCAGACUUUUUCUGGAUGACAGGAGUAGUAUGAUUGCUUCUUUACUUUUUGCAGUGCACCCAAUACACACAGAAGCAGUAACAGGCGUUGUAGGAAGAGCAGAACUUUUAUCAUCUAUCUUUUUUCUAGCCGCAUUUUUGUCGUAUACCAAAUCAAAAGGACAAGAUAAUUCCGUAGUGUGGACUCCGAUUGCAUUGACAGUGUUUUUAGUGGCUGUUGCAACAUUGUGUAAAGAACAAGGAAUAACAGUUGUGGGAAUUUGCUGUGUGUAUGAAGUGUUUAUUGCCCAAGGGUAUACUCUGCCAUUGUUAUGUACUACUGCUGGACAGUUUCUCCGUGGAAAGGGUAGUAUUCCGUUUUCUUUGCUACGGACGCUAAUAAAACUUAUUGUCUUGAUGUUCAGUACACUAUUACUUGUUGUGAUUAGAGUCCAAGUAAUUCAGUCCCAGCUUCCAGUAUUCACCAGAUUUGAUAACCCAGCUGCAGUAAGCCCAACUCCUACAAGGCAGCUAACUUUUAACUACCUCCUUCCUGUGAAUGCUUGGCUUUUACUAAAUCCUUCAGAACUCUGCUGUGAUUGGACCAUGGGAACAAUACCACUUAUAGAGUCAUUUCUAGAUAUUCGAAAUCUUGCCACAUUUACUUUCUUUUGUUUCUUGGUGGCUUUGGGAAUAUUCAGUCUCCAAUACCCUGGUGAGUCCUCCAAGACUGUUUUAAUGGCACUUUGUUUACUGGCGUUACCAUUUAUUCCUGCAUCAAACCUUUUUUUUCCAGUUGGAUUUGUUGUUGCUGAGCGAGUAUUGUAUGUUCCUAGCAUGGGGUUCUGUAUUUUGGUAGCCCACGGAUGGCAGAAAAUAUCAAAUAAAAGUGUAUUUAAAAAGCUAUCCUGGGUUUGUCUAUCUAUGGUGAUAUUCACUCAUGCCUUAAAAACACUCCACAGAAAUUGGGACUGGGAAUCCGAAUAUACAUUAUUUAUGUCAGCUUUGAAGGUAAAUAAAAAUAAUGCCAAAUUAUGGAAUAAUGUAGGUCAUGCCUUGGAAAAUGAAAAGAACUUUGAGAGAGCUUUGAAAUACUUCUUACAGGCAACACACGUUCAGCCAGAUGAUAUUGGUGCCCAUAUGAAUGUAGGAAGAACUUAUAAAAAUUUAAAUAGAACCAAAGAAGCUGAAGAAUCUUACAUGAUGGCUAAAUCACUGAUGCCUCAGAUUAUUCCUGGUAAAAAAUAUGCAGCCAGAAUUGCUCCUAACCAUUUAAAUGUUUAUAUCAAUCUGGCCAACCUGAUCCGAGCAAAUGAGUCCCGACUAGAAGAAGCAGAUCAACUUUACCGACAAGCAAUAAGCAUGAGGCCUGACUUCAAACAGGCUUACAUUAGCAGAGGAGAAUUGCUUUUAAAAAUGAAUAAACCUCUCAAAGCAAAAGAAGCAUAUCUUAAAGCGCUAGAGCUGGACAGAAAUAAUGCGGAUCUUUGGUACAAUUUGGCUAUUGUUCAUAUUGAACUUAAAGAACAAAAUGAAGCCCUAAAAAACUUUAAUCGUGCUUUAGAACUAAAUUCAAAGCAUAAGCUAGCACUCUUCAAUUCUGCUAUAUUAAUGCAAGAAUCAGGUGAGGUGAAACUCCGACCUGAAGCUAGAAAACGACUUCUAAGCUAUAUAACUGAAGAACCACAAGAUGCUAAUGGUUAUUUCAAUUUGGGAAUGCUUGCUAUGGAUGACAAAAAGGAUAAUGAAGCAGAGAUUUGGAUGAAGAAAGCCAUUAAAUUACAAGCAGACUUCAGAAGUGCUCUGUUUAAUCUGGCACUCUUAUAUUCUCAGACUGCAAAGGAAUUAAUGGCAUUGCCAAUUUUGGAAGAAUUACUGAGAUAUUACCCUGAUCAUAUCAAGGGUCUCAUUUUAAAGGGAGAUAUUUUGAUGAAUCAAAAGAAAGAUAUUCUUGGAGCAAAAAAAUGUUUUGAAAAGAUAUUGGAGAUGGAUCCAAGCAAUGUGCAAGGAAAACACAAUCUUUGUGUUGUUUAUUUUGAAGAGAAAGACUUAUUAAAAGCUGAAAGAUGCUUGGUUGAAACAUUGGCAUUAGCACCACAUGAAGAAUAUAUUCAACGCCAUUUGAAUAUAGUCAGGGAUAAAAUUUCCUCAUCUAGUUUUGUAGAACAGCCAAUAAUCCCAGCUGGUGAUACUUCAGAUUUAAAGGAAGACAAAAUUCCAACUGAAAAUAUAAAGGAAAUCAGAAGUGAACCCAACAAACCUAUACAGACAAUAAAAACAAGCAAUAAUAAAAGUCAGUCUAAAUCCAACAAACAAUUAGGAAAAAAUACAGAUCAGAAGAUCCCCCACAAAACAACAAAAGAAAUUAAAGACAUUGAGAAGAAAAGAGUUGCUGCUUUAAAAAGACUGGAAGAGAUUGAACGUAUUUUAAAUGCUGCCUUUUUUGGAAGGGAGGUGGAAACAAUUAAGCCCAGUUCCUUAACCUGUGGUUUGAAGAUGUAAGCAUCUGUAAGUCCAGAAAAGAAAACCUGUGUACUCAUGAGGUGUUGGAGUUUUAAUUCUCACUCUUAACAAAAUCCUGUACCCAGGAAUUCUGGGAAUGUUUUUGACAACCCCCAAGAGGCAAGUAUGUUACCUAUUCAGUGUUUCUCAAGCAAGUAUGUUACUUAUUCACUGUUUCUCAAGAAAGAAGAAUUAAGUUUUUCAUUUUGCUCCUAUCUGGGUUUCCUACUGAAAUAAGGAAAUCUACACUAUCAUUUUUCCAGUAAGUAAUUUUGUGAAUUUGAUUGCUUGGAGGAUAAAAUAAUUAAAUAUAUAAUUUUGUUUUGCAAUUUUGUGUUUAUUUUUAUGUAAAUAUUUGGUAUGUAAGUUACACAAUUCUAAUAAAAUCUCAUGCAUUUUCAUUACAUCUAAUUUGAGCUCUCAACUUGAUGUUAGACUGCUUCUUUAAAGAUGCUUUGAUGAAAAAUACUAAGAAAAUACUAGAUUUGUAUGUCAGUUUAUACUUCAGAAAUCCAUAUAUUUGUCAUAUUUAUUUUUUUAAAACCUCCUAAUUGUGUGCAUGGCUAAAUGGCAUUUAAAAUUAGCCUCCAAACAUCUGGUACCAGAAUCCAGAGAAUUUGUUGGAAACUGUCAGCCAUCCAUGUUAAAGGUUUAUAAGAAAAUUAUUUAAAAUUGUAUUUUAUAUUACUAUGAUGUAUGUGUACCACAUUUCUAAAUAUUCAAUAUUAAAUUGAUACUUUUUAAAGCCUUAA